CCAAUCCCUCCGUCUGUUAUGUUUAUGUUGUCGCGAAAAGACAUGGCAUGGGUUAUCGCCGAAAACUGAUAAGCUUAUUAAGUAUUAAAAUAUGUUUAUUAAAAAUAUUUAUUUAUUUUAGUAUUACUUAAAAGUAAGUUAUUUCAAAAGCUGGUUUUUUCUGUGUUGUUUUUAAGACUUUGAAUUUUAAAAUAAUAUCGAGUCGUUUGACGUUUUCUAUAGCUGUAGGAAAGAAAUUGAUUUAAAUCUAAUUAUUGUUAUUUUUAGAUAUCAUGCACUCCCAAUUAUAACAAAUAGUUAGUUCUUUAAGUAUGAAUAAUAAACCUGUGCCAUUCAUACGAGAAAACAAAUUUAAAAAGGUAAAUGAAUCUCCUGUUGCUGUAAAAGCAAAUGUUAAUAUUAAAGAAAUUCGGAAAAGAUUUGAAAAUUUAUCAGAUGAAGUGAAUAAUGAGUCUAAUAAAGUUCCUGUUGUUCCACUUAGAAAAAAUAAAGUUAUUAUUGAUUCAAAUGUAAAAAAAUUAGAAAAAACUCACGUCCCUGAACCAAUUUUGAAACCUAAUAAUUGGCCAUCGCAAUCAAAUAAUGAAACAACACAUAAAAAAUGUAUAUCAGUUAAAGAGAGAACUAAACUUUUUGAAGGCAGCAAUGAAAUAAAAUGUGAUAGCACAAAUAAUACUGUGACUCAUGCAAAUGCAAGUGUCAAUAAUAUAACUAGUCAAUCAUCAGAUAUGUUUAGAACCAAAUUAUCAAAUUCCACCAGCAGAAAUGAGUUUGUAACACCACCUGCCAAACCACCCAGAACAUUUGCUAGCACAGAUAAAUCAAUACUUCAAAAUUCCACAAAUGGUUCUUUGGAAAAAAAUGAUGUAUAUAGGAAACAUUCUGCAUCUGAUUUUGAAAAUUCUAGACGGAAACAAAAUGGAGAAUUUUAUGCUGAAGCAAAGCCUCGGCCUUGUUCUUCAUUUAGUUUUGAAUCUAAUUCAUCUAAGAAUGUGAUGAAUUCUCCUAGGCUCAUGAGUGCACCUGAAAUCCCUACAAGGGGUGGAUAUGGGGAUUUAACUCCUAAAACAUCAAAUCAAUCUAGUAAAACUCAUGGUCUUCGCAAUUACUUCAAAAAUCUAUCAAAUACAGCAAAUACCAUAUGUGAAAAAGUGAAACAGUCUAAGAUGUUUGUUGAUUUAACGCCAACAACUGUUAGUCCUCCCAAACAUUAUGGAACAUUAAAAAAAAGUCGAAGUGAAGAACACAUAUAUGCAGAACCAUAUACUGAGAUGAAACAAAAUGGUAAAACAGUGGAAGGGACAAAAAAGAUGGAUGAGCUUCAUUACAUGUGUACUCCUCUUAUUAAACCAAAAGUGCCUGAGAAAAAGGUGGAAAAGAGUGUUUUUAAUCGACAAUGUGUUAGAGAUAUGAUAUAUGGUUCAUUUGCUCCUCUUAGAACUGUGCCAAAAGAAAAUCAAGAUUCAAAAAUUGAAGAUGCUACUGAAUGUGAUGUAUCUAUGAAAGCUAUCCAAGAUAGAAUUAUUUAUGUGAAAUCUGUUAGACAGGUUUCUCGCAGUAAUAUCUGUAUUGCACCAAAGUUGUAUGAAGCCUUAUAUUUUAUAAACAUAUCUGAGUCUCAACCUGAAAUUAAACAUUCUUUUCCCCUGAAAGUUCCAGAAGAAUAUAAAUUUUCUUUGCUUCCACAUAUUUGUUUUCCUGAUGCUGUUCAUUUUAAGGUUGCUUCUAGUUAUCAAAGUGCAACAUUCCAUUUUACUCUUUUUGAUAAAGGAGAAAAGAUUUUUGGUUACUGUCUCAGAAUUAUGGGUUGGCCAAAAAAUGAAUUGGGAGAGCAUCCUCUGUGUGUGAAGCUUCCAGUUGCCAUCUGCAUUUUGAGUAAAUUCAAUGCUCCCUUGUUCUAUAACAAGCUUCUAAGUGAACUUGAGAAACAUCUCACUUUAUCUAGAGCACAGUGCUUCAAGUAUAUUAGGUCACUUCAAAAACUGGGUGUGCCAAAUGCUGGUGCAAGUAUAUCUAUCCCUGAUUAUUCUGAGUGCUCUGAAGAAGACAGAGUUGUAAUUGCAAGGCCUUUGGAUUCUCAUUCAGUUAGUUGUGAUUUUACCCGAGCCUUGCAGUUAUUAGAUGUAGAAAUUCUUGUCAAAGCUGUUGCUUCUUUAUUACUGGAAAGAAGAGUUUUGUUGUUUUCUUCCACUACUAGUAAUCUCUAUGAAUGUUGUAAAGCCAUUUCUUCUUUGUUGUAUCCAUUUGAAUGGCCCCAUAUGUACAUUCCAGUCUUGCCUUCUUGCCUGACAGUCCAGUGUUGUUCGGAAACACCAUAUAUUUUAGGACUUUCAAACAAUAAUUACAACUCAGUUUUAGAGCUCUUAGCUGAACAUGAAGUAUUGAUUAUAAAUAUUGAUAAAGGUUUGAUAGUAAAAUCCUAUGGUGAUGAAGACACUAUUUUGCCAAAGAAAAUCCAGAAGGCUGUGAUCACUGCAUUACAUCUUGCAAAAAACAUGACAGAUCCCACAGAAAUGUUGAGAGAUGUUAUGAUUUCUGAAGCAUUUGUCCAUUUGUUUGUUGAAAUGGUGGGGCAUUAUGAAAAUCAUUUAGUCCAGCAGAAUGACAAACUUACAUUUCAAAAAGAGGCUUUCUUAAGGAAUGCAUUCUUCUAUAGUGUACAGUCAUUUCUUCAAUGGUUUUCGGAAACUCAGAUGUUUGAUACAUUUAUAAAUGAAUGCAUCUGGCGAGCAAACUACAGAUCAAUUUGUCAGAGUAAUCAAAGAACCUUUUUUGAAAAACGAGUAGAUGAAUAUAAAUGGGAACUGUCUCAUGAUGCUGAGAAAUUUUCUCGUCGAAUUGAAAAAACUGUUAGAAAUCUUGGUGAAAUGAUUAUCCACAAGUUGAAGAUAUAAUAAUGGAAUUUGAAAGAAAGGAAUUCAAAUGAAAUGUUUUUAAUAUUGAAAAAAUAAUUUAAAUUGUUUUUUAAGGGAAUUUUUCUAUUACAUGUUCUUAAUUAUUAAUUAUUUUUGGAAGUGUGUAAUAUUUUUAAAAAAGCAUUAUAUAUCCAUGACAAUUGAUUAUAUAUAUAUAUGACCACUACAUUUGUAAAGGAAUUUUGUAAAAAAUUGAUGUUUAUUUUGUAUUUGUUUUUAUUUAUCUUGGUUUCACUUCAUUUAUUUUUUAGUUUAUAUUUAGACUAUUUUAUUUACUUUGAUUGCAAUAUUUUCUCACCGUAUUUGAAUGUUUGAACUUUUAAUUAGAGCAUAAUGUAUUUUGUGUUAUCAUAAGUUUUGUUUUUAUACAAAUUUUAAAAAUAUGUAUAUUUAAAUUAGAUGUCAGAUUGACAUUUCUUAAAAGGGAUUUUCUUCAUU